AACCCUGGCCCUAAACCUCCUUCCGCCCCACCUUCUCCGAUUUUUUAUUUCAAUCGAUUAUAAUUACUUUCCCCACACACAUCUCAAAUUGUGGGCCUUUUUGCUCCUUGAAACAUCAAUUGAAAAAAAAGAAAAGGAAAUGGAACAUAUAGAUGAAGAUUGCACAUCUGUAUUAGAACAACUCAAUCUUCAAGAAAAGCAGCUCAGACAUAAAAGAAGGUGGUUACUUGGAUUACCAGCUUCUAGAAAAGCAGCUGGGAAAGAUGAAGGAUCAAAGUUUCAAGUUGGAAGGCCUAUACCUGAAUACUUGCUUAGGGAAGAUGAUGUAUCCUACGAGACUAUAAAAUUUUUUGUUGAAAAGGUGUGUGGAAGAUGUAACACUAAAAAGAAGUAUAAAGUUGUUCAAGAUGAAAUGCAACUUAUUAAUUCACCUAGAGAUGUCAGAGGUCUUAUGUCUCUAAUCGACGACAUGACCAAUCAAGGGCUAAUUCAGUUUGCUGAGGUACUGACAGGUGGUCCAGUUAAGUUUGAGAAAACCCGUCGGAUAAUGAAGCAGUUUAUCAGAGGAUGCCUCUCAGAAAUCUUCUCGAAGCACAAAAAGACAGGGCAGAUAAACUUACCUGAAAAUCUUCUUUUGCUGUUCAAGAAUCCACUUAAUUUUUGUUGGAGUAGCGAGUCUUUAUUAAUUCCAGACUCUGAUUCCUAUCAAGUUGCUGUUCAUAAAAUACUUAAUCUACUUGAGGACUUUCCUACUCUAACCCUUUCUGCUAUGCAUAGGAAACUCAGGGGCACCAAAAAUUACAUGCCUCAGUUAAUACCUAAAAAGUGUGGUUGGGGACGAGACUCAUUGAUCAAAAGUUUGAGGAAAAAGUCUUUGGGAUUGCUUACAAAACUUAACAAAGGAGAUCCAUUACAGGAGCCAUUAGCAAAAGCAAUGGAAGUGGCAGCCUUGAAUUUAAAGCUGAUUCAAGGAUGUCGAUAUGUAACUCAUUUUGUACAUGUUUCACCCGAAAUGAAUCUUUUGCAGGAUAAGAUUGCAAUGUGUAUCCAACUAAUUGAUCAGAGAUUAAAAUCAUCAGCAUUGAAAGAUAUACAAGUUCUGCUGGAUCCUAAAGCAAAAUCCCCGGACCGCAAAUUACGAGUGCUGGUGAAGAACAUGUUAACAGAGUAUCUUUUUGAGUGUAGUGACAUGAAUAAUGUUCCACAUUGUUUACAUAAGGUCAUUGCCAUUAUAACUAGAAGUUCUGAAGCUCCAAUUAAGCAAUUGGUAGAAACGAAUAUAGAGGAAGAGGUAGAAUGUAUUUUGAGUGUGAGUGCUUCAGUGAAGCAAGUUCUGUGGGACUCAACCCCUGACCAUGAGAUAGACAUGCAGUUUGCUGAUGCAUACAUGGAGGAUCUCGAAGACAAUGAUGAUGAUGAUGAUGACGACGACGACGACGAUGAUAUAUUAGAGGAUAUUAGUCUAGAAGAAGAUAGGGAAAGUAGUGUGUCCUGUAAUACAGUUGAAAAAGUAUCAAAUACCGGGUAUAACUCUAAUUCAGUUGGAAAUUCAACCAAAUCUAGGUCCUUGGACUUUUCAGAAGCCAUCCACUCAGAAGAUAUACAUUCGAUUAGAUACCAAUUGGUACGCUUAAUAAAUACCGAACCUGUGAACGCUAUUUCACCUAAAGAUACCAAUGAUCAAGAGGGUUUUCCUCUUCUGGAAAAGGCCCAAGAUCCAGUGUCUUCUAAUGUCUCGUCUCCAGAAAGGAGUUUGAAAUUUAAUAAUCCAAGCAUGUGUAAAAACCAGUACCUUGCAGUUCAAGCUGCUAGUGAUGAGGCAAGUAUGGUAGCAUAUUGUCUCAUUGGUCGUAUGUUGGAUGAGUUUGCACAAAUAGAAGGAUGUGAACUAAAUUCUAGAGAUAUGUUUUAUCUUGGAGCCAGAAAGCAAAAAGAGGGCAAAGCUACCAGUAAGGAACCAGCAUCUCACAAGGAAGAUAGCUGUUCGAUUUUUGUUAAGGCGGUCGAAGAGCUAGUACCCUCUUUUGCUGAAUGCGAAACAGCUAGACUAAAUGAAUUGAUGGGUCAAGCAUCAGUUAAGGCCAUUGGUACAUAAAGAAGGGAUUACUGAAUACUGAUGGACAUUAUUUUUUUGCUAAUCGGUCAAACUAACACAUGACUCAACAUAGUAUAUACAAGGGUGCUGCUGAGUCUAUUUUUGAAUUUUGAGGAAUAUCCAAGACAUGAUCUGUAUGUGAGCCUGAUGAUGAUUAACACGUAAAGUUGAAACUGCUUCAGCAUGAUUUGGUGCAUGGGCCUAUAUCAGAAUCCACUAGUGUCAAAGUAAUGUUGGUUGAUGCUGCUCUGGUUAGUUGGUUAGUUACGUACCCACUUUUUUGAUUUCCACUCCUUGCUUUUUUGGUUAUAAAGUGGAAAGGUUGUGGACUUGUGGGCUGGUGUCUGCAAAAAAUGAAUGUGUCUCGGGUAUGUGGAUUGCAUCUAAACCGCCCCAACCAUUAUACCAUGUACUGUAAUCUUGAACUCUACUUGACAAAUACUGUACCUAACAUGUUCAGUUAUUAUAGGCAAAGCCAUCUGCGCAUUACAUCAAAA